GCACACAGCAAAGGGAGACCCCAAAACCAAAAGAGAAAGCAAAACAUAUUACUCCUUUCAUUUGCCUCUUAGUAACCAUGGUUUUCCACACCAAGAACCCUCACUUUGUCUUGUUUCCCCUUAUGGCUCAAGGCCACAUCAUCCCCAUGAUGGACAUUGCAAGACUAUUGGCGCAGCGUGGAAUAAUUAUUACCAUUUUCACUACUCCAAAAAAUGCAUCACGUUUCAAUUCAGUUCUUUCUCGUGCUGUUUCAUCUGGUCUCCAAAUUCGGAUAGUUCAACUCCAUUUUCCAUCAAAAGAAGCAGGACUACCUGAAGGAUGUGAGAAUGUAGACAUGGUAACUUCAGAGGAUAUGUACAAAAUCUUCUACGCCAUCAACAUGCUCCAGAAACAAGCAGAGGAAUUGUUUGAAGCAUUAACACCCAAACCAAGUUGCAUUAUCUCUGACUUUUGCAUUCAUUGGACGACACAAGUAGCUCAAAGGUAUCAUAUCCCAAGGAUUUCUUUCCAUGGAUUUUCGUGCUUUGCCCUCCAUUGUCUGCACCAAAUCAACUCUUCAAAGGUUUGUGAAAACAUCACUUCGGAAUCCGAGUACUUUACUAUUCCUGGAAUACCUGACCAAAUUCGUUUAACCAAAGAGCAGACACCUCUAAUGAACUCAAAUUCAGAUAAAAUGAAUGACUUUAGGGAGCAAAUUCGUGAUGCUGAAAUGAAGUCAUAUGGAGUAAUCAUAAAUACGUUUGAAGAGUUGGAGAAGGCAUAUGUGAGGGAUUACAAGAAGGUGAAAAAUGAUAAGGUGUGCUGCAUUGGUCCUGUUUCAUUAUGUAACAAGGAUGGCUUAGAUAAGGCUCAAAGGGGCAACCAGGCCUCAAUUAAUGAGCACCAUUGCUUCAAGUGGCUAGAUUUGCAUCAACCUAAGUCUGUGCUCUAUGUUUGUUUUGGAAGCUUGUGUAAUUUGAUUCCUUCGCAGCUUGUGGAGCUGGCCUUGGCCUUGGAGGACACUAAAAGACCAUUUGUAUGGGUUAUUAGGGAGGGAAGUAAGUUCCAAGAGUUGGAAAAGUGGAUCAUGGAAGAAGGGUUUGAGGAAAGGACCAAAGGGAGAGGCCUUAUAAUUCGAGGUUGGGCUCCACAAGUACUAAUAUUAUCACACCCUGCCAUUGGAGGAUUCUUAACACACUGUGGCUGGAAUUCAACACUUGAAGGAAUAAGUGCUGGCGUGCCAUUGAUUACUUGGCCUUUAUUUGGUGACCAAUUUUUAAAUGAGAAGCUCAUUACUCAAGUGUUGAAGAUUGGUGUGAGCGUUGGGGUAGAGAUUCCAAUGAAGUGGGGAGAGGAAGAGAAAGUAGGUUUGCAGGUGAAAAAGGAAGAUAUUAAGAAGACAAUAUGCAUGGUGAUGGAUGAUGAUAAUGAAGAAAGUAGAGAGAGAAGAGAAAGGGCAGGCAAACUCAGUGAGAUGGCAAAGAGAGCCGUUGAAAAAGAUGGUUCUUCUCAUCUUGAUAUGACUUUGCUUAUCCAAGACAUUAUGCAACAAUCAUGUAAUGGUGAGGAGGAUAUGAAGCUGACGCCUAAAGACUCGUAAUUUACAUGUCGUGCUUAAUUUGUUUUCAACUAUCUAGAGUGAUAUUUGCGUACUCAUUUUAUUUAAGUUACUUUUACACCCAUGUCUUUUCCAUGGUUAAAAGAAAAGGGAAAGAUAAAUUUGAAUAUCAUAAAAGAUGAGUGGGGAAAAAAUUGUCAUUGCCCAAUAAUAUGUAUAGUCUAUUUCCUAUGCA